UACGUCAGAAUCGCGUUUUCUUUACUUCAAAUUCCGGUGAGCAUCAAGCGCAGUAAUUAUUAGAUUAAAUGAUAAUUAAAUUCGGUAAUCCUAUCAUUAAAAAAGAGAUUACUUUCACGUAACCACACUUUAUAUCUUACCCCACAAGUCCACUCUCACUGCUGCACCGCUCCACUACAUCACUAUAUUAUAAAUCAGAACAAAAAUGGAAGAAAAAUAUCUGAGGUAGCUGUAGCUCAGAUUCGAGAAGAAAAAAAAAAUAUGGAUAUGACGAAUAAUAAAUCAAUAAUUCUCGCGAUUUCUACCUUGCUGUGUUUGUUUUCUCCGAUAGCAGGCCAGUCCGUAGUGCCGGCGAAGCAGGACGGAUUCUGGUACGGCGGAAACACGGCGGCGGCGGAGAAAGUACUGAUCGAGGCUUUCUUCGACCCGGUUUGCCCCGACAGCCGCGAUUCAUGGCCGCCUCUGAAGAAAGCCCUUCGCCACUACGGCGCUACUGUAACCCUUGUUCUUCACACUUUCCCUUUGCCUUACCACGACAACGCUUUCGCCACUUCACGUGCGCUGCACAUAGUUAACACGUUGAACGCCUCCGCCACCUAUGGUUUGUUGGAGGCAUUUUUCGACGAACAAGAAAAGUUUUACGGCAAGGCAACGUUUAACAUGUCCAAAGCAGGCGUCGUCAACCACAUUGUCGAGUUCACUGCAAACGAAAUCGGGAAAUCGUAUCUAUCUGCAAUUAAAUCUGGGUUCACCGACACGAAAACGGAUCAUUCAACACGAGUUUCUUUCAAGUAUGGUUGCUUACGUGGCGUUUAUGGAACACCGUACUUCUUUGUGAACGGGUUUCCGUUGCCGGAUGCUGGAUCGGCGUUGGACUAUAAAGGAUGGAGAAAAGUUCUGGACUCCUUAGUUACCAAACAGGACCCACUGCAUCAUUCCUUGUAAUAAGAAGUAAUGUAUUGGGUUUUUGUUGUCCUUUAUAUAUGAAAGCCUAUCUAUGUUCACAAAAUAUGACCACAAUUACAUGAACAUUUCAUUUAGUACCUCACACUAAAUUAAUACAUACAAUACAAGUAAUGUAUACAUUCCAAAGUGUUUAUUGUAUGAUGUUCCAAAUUGUUUAUUUAUAUUUUAUUUGUUCGAAUUCCGGAACGUCAA